AUGAAAUUGUUAGCAGUUGUUGUACUUUUGGUCAGCGUUCUUGCCGCAUCAGCACAAUUUGGAUUCGGAGGAAUGGGCAUGGUUGUUGUACUUUUGGUCAGCGUUCUUGCCGUAUCAGCACAAUUUGGAUUCGGAGGAAUGGGAAUGGGCAUGCUUCCUCCACCACCUCCUCCACCACCAAUGUACGGAAUGGGCGGCUACGGUGGAAUGGGUAUGGGUGGAUGGGGCCGUCCAAUGGGAGGCUUUGGAUGGGGGAGGUAA